AUGACAGAACUGCCCACCACCAAGGGACGAAGCAGCGUGUCCCUCUCCACCCCCUUGCUCCCAGACUUGCCCUCUCACCACGACAUUUCCUCAGUUCUCACCCUUUACGCUUUGGAUAUACCAAUCCUCUCUCCAUCCUCGCCCACCUCCUCCCCCCGUCCCCUCCUCCUGCUUUUCCCGUGGCUGGGCGCCCGACCGGGGGCCAUGGCGAAGUACCGGGACUUCUACCUGGAACGCAGCCUGGACAUCCUAUCAGUGGAGAGCACUGUGUGGCACUUCCUGUGGCCUCGCUGGGGGCUGGAGUAUGGGUCUGAGGUCCUGGAGGUCCUGGGAGACCCGCGUUUCAAAGGUCGCCCCCUUCUGGUCCAUGCCUUCUCCAUCGGCGGGUACACCUUCACCCAGCUGCUCAGCCAGAUGGUCAGGGAGCCACACAAGUACCCAGGCCUGGCCCAACGGGUCGUAGGACAUGUCUAUGACAGCAUGGUGUUCGGGUCGCUGGAGCAUAUGGCUAAAGGCCUGGGUCUGACCCUGUUCCCUCAUAUUGAGCCCCUGGUGCGAUGCACUGCUCUGCUCUACUUCUGGCUCUUCAAGUCCCAGACGGUGUACUACUACGACAAGUCACUCCAGGUCUUCUACAACAACCCCGUCACCUCCCCGGCGCUCUUCUUCUUCUGCGAGAACGACCCGCUGUGCGACCCCGUCGCCCUGGAGGCGGUCCUCGACUUCUGGAGGAAGCAGGGCAUUGUUGUGGAAACCAGGAAGUGGAAGGAGUCUGUGCACGCUGCUCAUCUACGCUGUCACCCAGAGGAGUAUCUCUCCACACUGGAGAAUUUUGUUCACUCGCUCAAAAUCGCCCCCCUCAGGGCUAAGAUGUAAAUGGCUCAUGUGCUAAUCACAGUGGAGGGGUUUGAUCAUUCAAUAAAGCCUGCAUACUCAUGUGCCAAAACAAAUGUUAUAACAGAUGUUAUAACAAAAUUAUAACAUAGUGUAGUCAUGUAGCAUGUAAACUUUUAUCCAUAGAAACUUGUUUGACACAUACCCAGCAUAUGGGUCACGAGGAUGUCAAACCCUCGUACAGAUAUAGGAUCUUAAUUUGACCAGCAUUGUCAUAGCAAAAUAAUUAAUGUUUACUCCAUAAUGUUUCUUGAUCAGUGUUCAGGCUCAUAAAGUUGGCAACAUUAAAAGUGCAGUACUGUUAAUAUAAUUGUGUUCGUGUGGGUUUUCAGUGAAUUUUCUGUGAAUGUAUGUAAAUCACGAAACUCAUCUUCAUUUCCUGCGGUACUGGAAAAUUCUCAGCAACAGGAGUGAUCAGGGUAGCCUAGUGGUUAGAGCGUUUGACUAGUUACCGGAAGGUUGCAAGUUCAAACCCCCGAGCUGACAAGGUACAAAUCUGUCGUUCUGCCCCUGAACAGGCAGUUAACCUACUGUUCCUAGGCCGUCAUUGAAAAUAAGAAUUUGUUCUUAAUUAACUGACUUGCCUAGUUAAAUGAAGGUCAAAUAAAAAAAAUCAAGUGAAGUUUUUUGAUAUUGAGCUUACUCAAUAUUGUCCAUGACACAGUCCACAUGCACCAAAUAAGGCCACGGUCACUAUAUUUAAAGUGAAACACAUGACAGACACAACUCACUACACGUUUAUUUGCAAUAAUGAAUUAUUUAGUAUUUGAUUGUAAUUGUUUUUACAUGAGUAUAUAUUCAUUCUCAAUAGCUGGUGACAGGGAGUACAGUGGGAGAGAGGAAGAGAGAGGAAACAUUUUGAAGAUGAGAAAGAACUGAAGAGGAGGAAAACAGAAAGGAGUGGGAGGGUUUGAAGACAGGAACGAAAUAGAAAAGAAACACAGGAGAUAGGGAAGAGAUAAUAUGAGAGAGGUGGAAAAAAGAGAGAUAGGCUACUGAGAAGUCUGGACAAGAAUUCAAGAUGAGGUACUGUAUAUUUAAACCUCUUCAGUCACAGAGAACCAGGACCUGUUCUGGAAGUAGGUGCCUGUCAAUAGUAGUGUAGUGAGUGACAAACAAUCUGUGGGAGGUUUUCUUAUCAGGCAUUUCUGGCAACUGUUGCAUAUUCAAUCUAGUUUGUAUUAGUCUCACAAAACUGAGUGUUCUUUAUGAGGAAGCAAAGGGUUAAGUAUGUGAGGACGUAUCACGGCCAAGGGUACAUGCUGUGAACUGCCAUGUGAUAUUGACUGCACACACCCCAGUAGGCAUAGGUUUGCACUUGCGGAACAAUCUGUGUCUAACCUCUGGCACCGGCAGAAAGAGACUUUGAAAGAUACAUAAAUAUAGGCACGUGCAUGUGUAACGGGGUAGAACUGUUGAUAUUGUGAACGAAGCCUUGUUGGGCUGUCAGUCCCAGGUGUGGCUCAUUUAUCCUACGUUACACACAGUAAGUGUUCAGAAAGAAGACUGAAUAAGGAUAGAAAAUAAACUAAUGGGUCAAAUGGUAUCAUAAUAAAAUAGGUAGACUGUUAGACGAAUGAACACUGUUGUUACACCUGGUCUUAGAGCAGUUUGAUUAUUCUGUAGGGAAAUCCAAGACACUCCAUUUAAUAUGCCAUGUCAUACUUACAGCAAACAUGAAAGUAGGGUAGCUGGAUGGGUGGGCGUAUAACAUAAACGUCUAGCAACCCAAAUGUUGAGAGUUCGAAUCUCAUCCCAGACAAACAUUUUAGCUAAUGAUCAACUUAUUCCUCACUAUUUUACCUAUAUAUUUUGAAUGUAUUGAUAUGUAGGCUGUGUGCUGUUUUUUAAUGUAUGUAGUUCUGUCCUUAAACUGUUCUUGUCUAUGUUGUGUAUUAUAUUAUGUUUCAUGUUCUUUGUGAACCCCAGGAAGGGUGAUGAGACCUCUUCAGAGGACCACCACCAGUCCCUAUGAUUGAGGGUAUGAGACCUCUUCAGAGGACCACCACCAGUCCCUACGAUGGAGGGUAUGAGACCUCUUCAGAGGACCACCACCAGCCCCUACGAUGGAGGGUAUGAGACCUCUUCAGAGGACCACCACCAGCCCCUACGAUGGAGGGUAUGAGACCUCUUCAGAGGACCACCACCAGCCCCUACGAUGGAGGGUAUGAGACCUCUUCAGAGGACCACCACCAGCCCCUGAGAUGGAGGGUAUGAGACCUCUUCAGAGGACCACCACCAGCCCUUACGAUGGAGGGUAUGAGACCUCUUCAGAGGACCACCACCAGCCUCUACAAUGGAGGGUAUGAGACCUCUUCAGAGGACCACCACCAGCCCCUACGAUGGAGGGUAUGAGACCUCUUCAGAGGACCACCACCAGCCUCUACAAUGGAGGGUAUGAGACCUCUUCAGAGGACCACCACCAGCCCCUACGAUGGAGGGUAUGAGACCUCUUCAGAGGACCACCACCAGCCCCUACGAUGGAGGGUAUGAGACCUCUUCAGAGGACCACCACCAGCCUCUACAAUGGAGGGUAUGAGACCUCUUCAGAGGACCACCACCAGCCCCUACGAUGGAGGGUAUGAGACCUCUUCAGAGGACCACCACCAGCCUCUACAAUGGAGGGUAUGAGACCUCUUCAGAGGACCACCACCAGCCCCUACGAUGGAGGGUAUGAGACCUCUUCAGAGGACCACCACCAGCCCCUACGAUGGAGGGUAUGAGACCUCUUCAGAGGACCACCACCAGCCCCUACGAUGGAGGGUAUGAGACCUCUUCAGAGGACCACCACCAGCCCCUACGAUGGAGGGUAUGAGACCUCUUCAGAGGAUCACCACCAGCCCCUACGAUGGAGGGUAUGAGACCUCUUCAGAGGACCACCACCAGCCACUACGAUGGAGGGUAUGAGACCUCUUCAGAGGACCACCACCAGCCCCUGAGAUGGAGGGUAUGAGACCUCUUCAGAGGACCACCACCAGCCCCUACGAUGGAGGGUAUGAGACCUCUUCAGAGGACCACCACCAGCCCCUAAGAUGGAGGGUAUGAGACCUCUUCAGAGGACCACCACCAGCCCCUACGAUGGAGGGUAUGAGACCUCUUCAGAGGACCACCACCAGCCCCUAAGAUGGAGGGUAUGAGACCUCUUCAGAGGACCACCACCAGCCCCUACGAUGGAGGGUAUGAGACCUCUGGACAUCUUCAUGCUUAUCAACUCUAUGAGCAUCAGGCCAAAAUGAUUCUGCACGGAUGUUCUCUUAUCAUGCGUUUCUAGAAUCUGUUGUAAUUACAGUAUAUGUUAUAACUGUGGACACCAAUGUUUUGUAGCAGGCUUAUGGGGACAAGGAGCGAGCUAGCCAUGUACUGGUGGAAGAGAAGAAGUGGUGGUGGAUCGGCCACACCCUCCGAACGCCCCCUUUCCAACAUCACCAGGCAAGCUGUAUCCUGGAACCCACAAGGGAAAAGCGCAUACUGAAUUAACACCUGGAGGUGAGAGAUGAAGAAAGAUACAAGGAAAACCAGCAUGAGGUGGAACCACAGGAGGUUGGUGGCACCUUAAUUGUGGAGGACGAGCUUGUGGUAAUGCCUGGAGCGGUGUUACGAAUCCUUUUUGGCCCGACGGUCUAGGGGGGAUGGUAAUGAGACCCGUAACAUAACUCAUGCAAAUUAUUAUUGUGACAAAGUAAAAGUGUGAACGAAAUAACCACGACAACAGAAAUCUACCGUCAAACUCUAGGUUUAUUUAUAAACACACGGUAAUGGGGGGAGCAGGAAAAGGGGCUGAGCUGGACCCAAGGAAAGAAACAA